GUCACUUCCUGACCAGUAAUCUGCCUGGGAGCAGCAGAUAGAUUCUCAUUGUUUGCCAUUUCCAGUUUCCAGUAAUGGGAACGAUUACUUGAUCCAGCCAGUUUGCUGUGGAGGAACCUGGGAUAACUUACAGAUCUUCAUGGCAAAUUUCAAUCGGCUUCCAUAAAAACGCCAAGGGAUUAAAGGCCAGAAGGUGGUUUUUGGUACCUGGAGGCGUCACCUCUGAUGAUGAAUAUUGUUUGAUUUGUGGGGUUGAGUGUCUGUCCUUCAGGAACGAGAUGUAUCUUGCUCUUCUGGUGAUUUUCUUGCAGUGUUCAGAACUUUACGCUCAGGAUAAAGUUUUUACUUUCAACACGGUUGAAAUCAAGGUUCAGCCAUCUGUCAAAGUGAGGAAUGGAGCUCCCAUGUCAAUCAUCUGCCACGCUGACAUCAGCAAAAGCGCCGAUUUCCAGCUGAGAUACAAUUUCACGAUUUUUAAGGACCGCAAGCUCGUGUUCAUGACUGUGGCAGACACGGGAGAGGCACGGUAUGAGAUCCCCGUGGCCAGGUCAUCAGACACGGGGGACUAUCAGUGCACGGUGAGAGCAGAGAAAAAGACACGGUCAAGUGACCCCGUCCACGUUUGGGUGGCAGGAAUGACCAAGCCAAUCCUGACUGCUGACAAGAGGGAUGUUUUGGAGGGCGAAGUUGUGAAGUUACGUUGUGAGCUGCCCGAAGAAGAACCCCCUUUACUGUUCUGCUUCCGGAAGACAAAGAUGAAUUCAACGCCCAAAGAAACCUGUGUACCUGAGUCUUACACCAACUUCUCCGAACUGGAGGUUUCUGUUGAAGAAGGAGACCAUAUUUUACAGUUUGACUGCUUUGGUAGGAGAAAUGUAAAGCUUGAAUGGGAAGAGUCAGCACGGAGCAACAAAACCUUCGUUACGGUCAGGGAACCUUUUAUAAAGCCCACUCUGACCACUGUGCCCUCCAGUAAUGUCACAGAAGGAGACCAAAUACAGUUUGAGUGCUCCACUGCCGUGGUUCGAAUGCGGGACCUCGAGAUCAUCCUCCAGAAAAACAAAACAAUCCUGAACAGUGUCCAGGAUAAGAAGCUUCUGAGAUACUCUACAGUAGCUACUCUAGAGGACAGUGGGGAAUACCUGUGUAAGGUGGAGCAAGGGGGAGCAUCUAAAACCACCAAACUGAAUGUUGUUGUGUCAGAGUUAUUCCCCAAGCCAACACUGAUUGCCUCUAUGACUAAGCUGGAUAAGAAUAAAGAGUUAAUUUUGAAUUGCAGCAUUAAUGGUUUUCAGAAAGCGAACUUCUCUAUCCUACGGAAAAAUUCCAAUGGAGACAUCCCACUGAAAAGUUCUCAGAGCUUAAAAAUGAGAGUUAAUGUGAAUGAUACUGGCUCUUACACCUGCAAAGCUGAAGUAAAAGGAAUAGUCAAGGAGAGCAGACCUGUAAGGAUUAAUGUUUAUGCCCCGGUUUCCAAGCCAACUCUUUCCGUCGCCGGGGGUUUGCCCGAGGUGGUGCUGGGGAAUCCCCUGCAGCUCAUCUGCCACUCGGUGAUGGGGACGCCCCCCAAAACCUUCAGGUUCUACAAAGGGGAUGAAGUUGAGAAAACAGUCAUUAAUGACACGUAUGCCACCUUCUUGGAUGAAAAUAUUAGGCUGAAUGACAGGAGGGGUUACAGAUGUGACGCUCGAAAUAACCACUCCAGCGGUGUGAAAAGCAGCGACGUCCUGAACGUCACAGUAAUUGUGCCAGUCAGGGAUGCCAGCCUGGGCAGUGUCCCCUACAGAGAAGUGGAAGAUGGCAGCGAGACCGCUUUUCUCUGCUCGGUCAGAGAAGGCUCUUGGCCAAUCCUGUUCAGGUUUUUUAAAAAAACUGACCGUGAGGUUCUUCUGUUUGAAAAAGUGGAGCAUGCAGACAGAGCCAUGUGGCACAAGAAGACAAUGAAGAGGCAGGACACGGGGACAUAUUAUUGUGUGGCCUCUAACAGAGCCAAUGUGGACGUGAGGAGCCGCCCCAUCACCAUCAGUGUCAUCUUGGCAGCUUGGAAGAAAGGAGUCAUCGCUGCCCUGGUCCUGGUCACCGUUGCAGGAGCAGCAGCACUUGCCCUGUGGUGGUUUUUGCGCAAGAAGAAAAAGGCUAAAGGACCAUCCAUGGAGAUGUCUGGCUCAGCCUUGGCUGCAAACUUGACAAAUGAAAAGCUGACGAGACAGCCCAGUGAUGGGGACUAUUAUCCAGGAUCAGGUUACAUUGAAGAUAGUGAAAAUCACAUGAAAUCAGCAGAUGAGAGUAAAGGCCCUGACCUUGAGAGUGCUGAGGUGGAGUACACUGAAGUGGAAGUGUCAACGCUCGAUCCUCACAGAGCUCCUGUACAGAAGGGGACUGAAACAGUUUAUAGUGAAAUCAGAAAAGCUAAUAAUGGUUCUCUGGAGAACAGGCACUCUAGAAUAUCAGGGCAUCCUGAUGCUACUUAGAACAGUCAUCUCAAAGAUCAGCUGGGAGAAGAGAACAAGCCGAGAUGGAAGACGUUGCAAACAUUUCAAAGGCUCCGCAGCAGUUAUUUAUGAGUUUGCCAGACUCUUCUUUUCAAAGAUUAUUUCCUUAGAGGGAACAAUAGGGAUGUUCCUAAAGCAUUUAAUGGAAAAAAUUGCAAAUAAAAACUCCCAUAGGAAAGUGGCUCUAGAAACCACUGA